UCCCGCCCUCUCCAGAGUCGACUGAAGUUUCCGAGGAGCCUUCUCUAGCUGGGCUGGACACACCUUUCAAAAGACCCCAAAGCGUGCUCCUUGCACCUCAAAUGCUCCUUUCCCUUGAAUCUCCCUCCUGCCCCUCUCCCUGACUUCCCUCCUCCCAUAUACAAGAUUCAGCCUCUCCCCAAGGGGCUUGAGCAUCCUCGAGGUUUCCCACCCUUGACGGCUCCAUCCCCGGAUGGAGCCAGAGAAAUGUGGUGGGGGGGCCGGGGCCAGAGUUUCAACAUCGCCCCCCAGGAGGAGGAGCCAGAGAUGGGGCUCUCUGGACCAAAGUCUGUCCAGGGGAGUGGGAUGCCAGAGCCCAGGAGUCAUCAGCUUGGCAGCUGCCUGGCCUCUGGAUGCCUCCCAGGGGAGCAGAUCCUAGCAUGGGCCCCAGGGGUGAGGAAAGGGCUGGAACCUGAACUGCCUGGAACCCUGAUCUGCAGCAACCUGAGAGUCACCUUCCAGCCCUGUGGAUGGCAGCGGAGUGAGGAGACUCCCCUGAGCAGUGAGUAUGAUUUUUCCCUGGCCAACAUUGGGCGAUUAGAGGCUGUGAAUGGCCUGUCCCGAGUCCAGCUCCUCCGUCCCGGGUCCCUGCUUAAAUUUAUCCCUGAGGAGAUUCUGAUUCAUGGCCAAGACUUCCGGCUACUCAGAGUUGGUUUCGAGGCUGGAGGACUAGAGCCGCAGGCCUUUCAGGUGACCAUGGCCAUUGUCCAAGCCAGAGCUCAGAACCGUCAAGCCCAACAGUAUGCAGGGAUAACCCUGAGCAAGGCUGGCCAGAGUUCUGUUUCCAGAAAACCACCUAUUCCCCUCUUGGAGACAUCAGAAGACUGGGAGAUUGAGCGGAAAAAGCAGGGGGCCAGGGGCUGGAGGCUCAGCACUGUCAACGAGAGGUUCGACGUAGCCACCAGCCUCCCUCGUUACUUCUGGGUCCCUAAUCGAACUCUGGACAGUGAGGUCAGGAGAGCAUUUGGCCACUUCCAUCAGGGCCGUGGACCGCGCCUGUCCUGGCAUCACCCUGGGGGUAGUGAUCUUCUCCGCUGUGGCGGCUUCUAUACAGCCAGUGACCCCAACAAGGAGGAUAUCAGAGUAGUGGAGUCGAUGCUCCAGGCUGGGCAUUCAGACGUUGUCCUGGUAGACACUAUGGAUGAGCUCCCCAGUCUUGCAGAUGUCCAACUUGCCCACCUGAGGCUGAGGGCCCUCUGCCUGCCUGAUUCAUCUGUGGCUGAGGAUAAAUGGCUCUCAGCUCUGGAUGGAACACGAUGGUUGGACUACGUCAGGUCUUGUCUUCGAAAGGCCAGUGACAUCUCAGUCUUAGUGACAUCCAGGGUUCGCUCUGUAGUACUUCAAGAGCGCGGUGACCGUGAUUUCAAUGGCCUCCUCUCUUCACUCGUCCAGCUGCUUUCAGCCCCUGAAGCCCGAACACUGCUUGGCUUCCAAUCACUAGUGCAGCGAGAGUGGGUGGCAGCUGGACAUCCUUUCCUGACCCGACUUGGGGGAACUGGGGCCAGUGAAGAGGCCCCAGUGUUUCUCCUCUUCCUUGAUUGCGUCUGGCAGCUCCUCCAGCAGUCUCCAGCUGAGUUUGAAUUCUCUGAGUUCUUCCUUCUUGCUCUUCAUGACAGUGUCAGGGUUCCCGACACCCUUACAUUCUUGAGAGACACUCCCUGGGAGCGUGGAAAGCAGAAUAGACAGUUCAACACCUAUACACAAGUCUAUACUGCGGGGUACUCCCAGCCCCCAGCUGGGAACUCUGUUAACCCACAGCUAUCUGUCUGGGACUGGGACUUACGCUAUAGCAAGGAACAGAUACUACAAUUCCAUAAUCCUGGCUAUGACCCAGAACACUGCCCAGAUUCCUGGCUCCCUAGACAGCAGCCAAGCUUCAUGGUUCCUGGGCCCCCCAGUUCUCUGUGGCUCUUCUCUAGAGGGGCCCUGACCCCCCUGAAUCAGCUCUGUCCUUGGCGGGACAGUCCCUCCCUGCUGGCAGUCUCUUCCCGUUGGCUCCCUCGACCUGCUAUCUCCUCUGAAAGCCUGGCUGAUCAGGAGUGGGGGCUCCCCUCACAUUGGGGAGCUUGCCCUUUACCCCCGGGGCUGCUGCUGCCUGGAUAUCUGGGACCCCAAAUCAGGCUCUGGAGACGUUGCUACCUGAGGGGAAGGCCUGAGGUCCAGAUGGGACUCUCAGCUCCCACGAUCUCUGGCCUUCAGGCUGAGCUAGCCCAUCUUCAGGAGUUAGUAAGGAAAUGGACACCAAGAAUAUCUCCUGAGGAUCACUCCAAGAAAACAAAUCCAAAUACCGUUCUCUCCCAGUCCCAUUGAAAUUGCUGGCUUUCUCAUGGGCAGGGCAGAGGGUGGUCUGGGGUGAGGGAGAGUUUUGUCUAAUCCUUCCAUUUUUCUUACCUGGUCUUGCUGCCUCAGCUUUCACACACCAGCCCUUAAACAAGCUCACUGACUUGAGUUUCCAUUGCAGAUGGGUGGUGCUAACCUUAUCCAACUCUUACCCUGCCCUGCUUGGUUUAAAUAGUUUCCUGUGAUUUGAAGAAUUAAGAAACAAAAACAAACAAAACAAUCCAGAAUAAGAUCGCAUCUUUUUUUCAGGGCAAUGCCAUCCCUUUUGGAUGGAAAUUUUGGAUACUGAGCUGGUAAAUUGUGAGAUCAGAGAUACCAUAUAUCAGUGUCAACAAGAUGGCCUACAGACCUCCUACUCACCUCCUCUUGCUGCUCCUUUAAUUCCGAUUUCUACUUCUUCCUUUACAGUUUUCUAUGGGUAUGGGAGACACCCUGUCUCUUCCAAUUGUAUAUUUUUGUCGUGACAUUUCUAUUUAAGGAGUUCAUUAAAGCACAAUAUUUAUACAC